AUGUAUGGAAACAACCUUAUCGGAGAGGUCAUUCCCGGCAGGAGGCCAAACAAGGUACCUCAGGUCGUCACCAAGCGAAAUCCUUGUAGUAUGAUAGGAACAUGGAAUGUCAGAACCCUGUUGCAAACAGGGAAACUAGAAAAUCUUAAGAUUGAGAUGAAACGCCUCAAAAUUGAUAUUUUGGGAAUAAGUGAAAUAGUUAUCUACUCCGGCGGUGACAAUGGAAGAAAUGGAGUUGGCAUUAUUCUGAAUAAGAAAUGGGCACAAUGUGUGAGAAGUUACAUAACUUACGAUGAUAGAUUGAUAAUGAUCAAAUUAAAAUCUGUCCCCAAUGACAUCGCAAUAAUACAAGCAUAUAUGCCCACAACACAAGCGAACGAUGAAGAAGUAGAAGAAAUCUACGAAAAGAUAGAAGAACUCAUUAGCCUAACAAAUAGUAAGGAAAAUUUAAUUAUCAUGGGAGAUUGGAAUGCGAUUGUGGGUGAAAGUACAGACGGCAGAGAAGUUGGCAAAUAUGGACUUGGAACAAGGAAUGAAAGAGGUGACCGUCUUGUCGAAUUCUGUAGACAACAUGAUUUAAUUAUAACUAAUACUUUAUUCAUGAAUCAUAAAAGAAGACGCUAUACGUUUAAAAUGCCAGGUGAUAUCAACAGAUAUCAAUUAGACUACAUCAUGGUAAAGAAUAGAUACAAAAACCAGAUCAAAUCUAGCAAAUCUUACCCAGGAGCUGAUAUUGACAGUGACCACAACCUGGUAAUGAUCAAAUCAGUAUUGAAAUUUAAGAAAUUAGAAAGACCAAAAAACAAAGGACCUGAUUGGAAUUUGUGUCAACUAAAGCAACCAGAAAUAAGAAAACUGUUCGAAAAGAAAUGCAAAGAAAAAUUUGAUACCAAAGACAAGCCGAAGACAGAUGACUGUAAUAAUAUAGAACAUAGAUGGCGUUGCAUAAAAGAAUCCAUUAUCCAGUCUGCAGAAGAAGUAUUAAUUAGGGGGAAACCAGCACCGAAACACGAAUAG